AAGUGUAUGAGCGUGGACUAUGGACAACUAAAGAAUGGUAAAAUGCGCACAAUGGGAAUAGAAGUAUGAAACCCAUAGGCAUGGGAAAACAAAUCUUCAGACAAUAAUUUAAAAUCUGUCCACAAAUCUCGCCUCUCUCUCUCUCUCUCUCUCUCUCUGAUUUUGAGUUCUCAGCCCCCACCAUCUGUUCUCUGAUGGGUUCAUUCAAAGCUCCUCCCCUCCCUUACUCCUCUUGUUUCCCCCACCCCCAACGAGCCUGACGUGAUUCACAGUAAAUGCCACCUGCUUUUCUUUUCUCCCCACUCCCUCGUCCUUCAAUAAAAACCCCCCCUACUGUUCUACCCUCUUCCCCACCUUAUCUUAUCCCUUCCUCUCUUUCUCUCCCCUUCUCCUAUCUCCAGCUUCGAUGGCGGAAAAUGGGUUUCUGAUUUACCUCUUGCUGUUUGUUCUACGUUUUGUUGUGCUUCUUCUUUUCUUUCUCCGCUCCCUCUCGUAGCGUGCCGUGCCCGGCAACCAGUGUUCUUGAUGUUUCGGCUUCGAUUCGGAAAACCCAAAAUGUACUAACCCUUAAUCGCGUAGCUUCUCAAGCACUGCAGGAAGAAAAGCCCAGCAUCUCGUCUUCGUCUCCGCUUGCUCUGCAACUGCGCUCGCGAGCCUCUGUUCGCAAAUCUUCCCACGGGGACUACAAAUCUCUUACUCUAGCCCGACUCGAACGCGACUCGGCGCGAGUCAGAUCUCUCACUACGAGACUAGAUCUGGCCAUCAACCGCAUCUCAAAGUCAGAUCUCAAACCCGUGGACACUGAACUCGAAUCCGAGGAUCUGCAAGCUCCGGUCACCUCCGGCACCAGCCAGGGUAGCGGCGAGUACUUCACCCGAGUCGGAAUCGGAAGCCCGCCCAAAUCGGCGUACAUGGUCCUCGACACCGGCAGUGACGUCAACUGGGUACAGUGCUUACCCUGCGCCGACUGCUACCAGCAAGCGGACCCCAUCUUCGAACCGGCUCUGUCCUCCUCUUACGCCCCGCUAUCGUGCGCCGCCACCCGGUGUAAGUCCCUCGACGUCUCCGAGUGUCGGAAUAACUCAUGCCUCUACGAAGUGUCCUACGGCGACGGCUCGUACACCGUCGGCGACUUCGUCACGGAGACUAUCACCCUCGGCUCCUCCGCCGUCGACGGCGUCGCCAUCGGCUGCGGCCACAACAACGAAGGCCUGUUCGUCGGCGCUGCCGGCUUGCUCGGACUCGGCGGCGGAACGCUCUCGUUCCCUUCUCAGAUUAAUGCCUCUUCCUUCUCCUACUGUCUGGUCGACCGGGACUCCGACUCGUCCUCGACUUUGGAGUUCGACUCACCGAUUCCUUCCGACGCGGUCACCGCUCCGCUACUCCGUAACGCUAACUUCAACACUUUCUACUACGUCGGGUUAACGGGACUCGGCGUCGGCGGCGAGAUGGUCCACAUUCCGCCGUCGUCGUUCGUGAUGGCCACCGACGGGAACGGCGGCGUGAUCUUUGACUCGGGAACCGCCGUGACUCGGUUGCAGACAGCAGCGUACGAGUCGCUACGGGACGCCUUCACGGGGGGCACGCAGCACCUGCCGCCGGCAGCCGGCGUAGCGUUGUUCGACACUUGUUACGAUCUGUCGUCGAAGACGAGCGUCGAGGUUCCUACGGUGUCGUUUCACUUCGAGGACGGGAAGUGGGCUUUACCGGCGAAGAAUUACUUGAUACCGGUGGACGACGACGGAACGUUUUGUUUUGCAUUUGCGCCGACAUCGUCGUCGUUGUCGAUAAUAGGGAACGUACAGCAGCAGGGGACACGUGUCAGUGUCGACAUGGCUAAGUCCCAAAUUGGAUUCUCGGCUCGCAAAUGCUAGUAAUUAGGUUUAAGGAAUUUAAUAGUUAUUCAUCACACAAACGGCUAUAUUAGUUCCGUAUUGUUUACACCGAUUUAAACGCGCUUUUACCCCUUUUUCCCGUUUCAAAAUUGUGAUGUGAAGUUGCCGCAAUGGUGUGUAAGUAGAAAAUUUGUGGAAGGCUGGUGUGGUAAAUGGGUGGUGUGGUCACUAAUGAGCCUGUCCUAACGUGGACUAAAAAAAUAUUGAAAUAUCACUUUAUUUUUUAAUUUUCUA